AUGGCUGUUUUAUUAGUUCCUGCGUUGAUCGCCUCGAUAUCACUCUUGCCCCUGUUGGGCCUCUACAUCCUUCGGUUUCUCCUCAAAACUGCUGGUGACCAUCUGCGGAGAAGGACCAGCGCAAGAAGGGAGCUCAUAUUACAGCGUGUUCAGCUUGACGAGCAACAUCUGUCAUCAACCCGGGAAGCUCCUCAAAGAACGGAAGAAGAGGAUUGGGAAAGAGUCGAAAGCUAUGCUGCCAGCACAGCCGAGAAGAGAGCUACACAUCAAGAGAAGGACUAUGCCGGUGUGAUAGGAUUCUUCCAUCCUUUCUGCAACGCUGGCGGAGGCGGUGAACGGGUCCUAUGGGCGGCAGUCAGAGCAACACAGCAAAGAUGGCCUCGGGCAGUGUGUGUUGUCUACUCUGGAGAUCAUGAUGUCGACAAGGCUGCUAUGAUCAAGCGAGUGCAUACUUCUUUUGGCAUCUCGCUGCAUGCGCCGACCUUGGUCUUCCUCUAUCUGUCUACACGCCACCUUGUCCUAGCAAGUACAUACCCUCGCUUUACGCUUCUUGGACAGUCCCUCGGGUCGCUUGUUCUAGCUUACGACGCUUUCGGCCUUCUCGUGCCAGAUAUCUUUAUUGAUACCAUGGGGUAUGCUUUCGCAUUGGCGUUUGCCAAGUAUCUGUUUCCGAAGAUGCCCGUUGCUGCUUACGUACACUAUCCGAUCAUCUCAACCGAUAUGCUGGGGAGUUUGGAUGACAGGUCUGGAGGAAAGGGAGUCAACGCUGGCGCAGGAGCUGGAUUGAGAGGGAAGGCCAAGAAAAUAUACUGGCGAUUGUUUGCGAGGCUGUACGGUUGGGUAGGAAGCCACAUCGAUGUGAUCAUGUGCAACUCAACCUGGACGAAAGGACACAUCACGGCUCUAUGGAAAACCAAAAACCAACCGGACUCCUUUGCAAAGAUCGUCUAUCCACCAUGUCCGGUAGAAGAAAUGGAACGGAGAAUCAAUGUAUCCGCCAAUGCCGAAAAGGAACGAAAACAUCAGAUCCUUUACAUCGCUCAGUUCAGGCCCGAAAAGAACCAUCCGUUGAUUUUACGGUCCUUUGCAGAAUACGUCCGCAACCUACCCGAAGGCUCAGAUCCAGCACAGUUGGUACUGAUCGGUUCUGUGCGAAGCAACACUCCGGAUGAGCUGCACAUCUACAACCUCCGACUACAGGCUCAUGAGCUAUCGAUCGACAAAAUUACAGAAUUCAUCACCGACGCUCCCUACUCCACAAUCCUAAAAUACCUGCAAACCGCAUCAAUCGGCACCAAUGGCAUGUGGAACGAGCACUUCGGUAUCGGAGUCGUCGAGUAUCUGGCAGCCGGUCUGAUCCCUGUUGUGCAUGACAGCGGAGGACCAAAGCUAGACAUCGUUGUUCCGCAUGAUGGCAAACCAACAGGAUAUCAUGCAGAGACGGCGGCGGAGUUCGCCGAAGGCUAUCGAAGGGUGAUGCAGAUGGAGCCAGAGGAACGAUACGCAAUGAGAGUUCGUGGACGAGAAGUAGCCAAGACCUUCACGGAAGAGGCGUUUGCGCGGAAAUGGAUCGAACAGGUGGAGAAGUUGAUUUCGAUGCAGACGGGGAGAGCAUAG